AUGCUUUCGCAGGUGUCCGGUGCUUACUACUGGCCCUCUGGGAAUACAUAUCAUGGUCAAUGGCAGAAUGGGAAACGACAUGGCUUGGGUGUGGAACAGAGAGGACGAUGGACGUACAAAGGAGAGUGGACGCAAGGUCAGAAGGGACGAUAUGGUGUGCGAAACUCGGCAACCUCUCAAGCCCGGUACCAAGGCACAUGGUCGGGUGGGUAUCACGACGGUUAUGGCACAGAGAUCUAUGUGGAUGGCGGUAACUACCAGGGUCAGUGGCUACGUGGCCUUCGUCAUGGUUAUGGGACCCGAAAGAGCGCGACGUACGGUCAGGCGGCGAAACUUCGGCCGAAGUCGCACAACACGCAUGCUUCAUUGACGAGUUUGCGAAGUGGGCGAGGGGAUGAUGAGAAUGAAGACGAAGAUCAGAGUGGGUGGUGCCAGUUAAAUUUCAAAUUUAAUUUUUGGGUCUAAGG